AAAGCCAACAAUCAGACGGAGACGGACAACCAGCAGAAGAUAAAACCAAUCCAGCAAUACAUGCACAAAUACGUAACCACGCAGACAACCUCGAACACGGAAGCUCGAGUCUCAUCGACGCAAGAGGAAAUGGCAGAAGAGAGCGAGGCGCUGGAAAAGGAAGAGGAAUGCGAAGCAGCGCUCGCAGCAGCCGGAAAAGGAGUCACCAAGCAAGCUGCAGACACAGAAAAGCUGUGCACAUCGGCUAACCACUACGCGGAUCAACGGAACAGAUCAGUCAAAGCGUCCGUGACAAUGAAUUACUGGGUGAGUCCGGAACACAUAAAAACAAUGGCGAUGCACGCCCGAGAAAUGGUGUUUGUCCUGGAUGUAUUACAGGAGGAGAAAGUAAUGCUGCAAGAAUACGGAUACGAAGAAAUGGAGAUGCCAGAUAAGACGGUGAUCGAGACAGGAACGCUAAAGGACAAGACUCGAAGAAUGAGAAUACCAGAGCAGACGAAGGAGACACAACACAACAAGUUGGAGGAAGAGAAGCAAAAAGGGCCCAGCGGUAGCUGCUGCGAAAGGAUGAACCAAUACUGCGCUACAGAAGACGCGGAGGUGCACAAGGAACAGGAAAUAGCGACAAUCACGGGGGGCGAGGCAAGCAAGUCGACAACAGCAGCAAUCCGCAACUCACCGACGGCACACUAUCCACCCAGCGUUACAACAGCAACCGCAAUGAAGGUGCCAGGAAAAAAGGAAGGAAUCGCAGAUCAAGAUGCCAAGACAGCACACGGGCCAGUGCAACCACCCAAGGAGCCAAAUGGUGGAGGGACUAACUAA